AUGUGGGGAAACUAUCAUUUUGGGCUGACCUAUGGCAGAAGCGUAGAUAAGCAACCAUGUGCCUUGGUGGUAGGUACAAGCAUGUAUGUAUAAGUUAGUUUGUCAAACAAACCUCGACAAAACAUACCGUACCGUUCCAACCUCCCAAGCCAUUACAGCAGUCACUUAUGAGCGAUUCGUUCAACAAGGCUCUCGAGGCCAUCGACGCCGCCCACGCGCUUGACCCAAACAUAACCACCUUCAACGGCACGGACAAGCCCUACGAGCUCCAUUACGCCGAAAAAUGCACAUCGUAUCUUGAAAAACGUUGCCCCUCUGCAUCCGAACCCCUCCGCUUGGCCAUUCGCGCACAGCACUUCCGUCGCUGGGAGGUCCCACGCUCUUCGUACCCUAUGACUCGUGUUGGAUAUCACGCAUGGCGGACGUUCGCAAAGAAGAAACAGGCUGAGCAGGUUGAACAGAUAUGCAAGGAUUCAGGCUACACGGACGAGACAGCUGCGCGCGUUGCUGCGCUCAUCAGGAAGGAAGACCUGAAAGAGGAUGAAGAGACACAGGUGCUGGAGGAUGUGGCUUGUCUAGUCUUCCUGGACGAUCAGUUCGAGCAGUUCGAAAAGGAGCACGACGAAGAUAAGAUUAUCAAUAUACUGCGGAAGACAUGGGGGAAAAUGACCGACGAGGGCCAUAAACUGGCGUUACAAAUACCCAUGAGUGGAAGACCGCAAGAGUUGGUGCAGAAGGCUUUGGCGGGGUAGCAACACCGAGUUUCAGAACAUCACGCUGCGAAGACGCGACAAAAGGUGUGUAUGGUGAUAGAGCAUAGAUAAAUGAAGAUGUAU